AAACCGGAGACAUUGACAUUCAAAAAAAUGGGUGAAGAGAAGAAAUUCGUAGUCACAUUCCACCCUAUGAGUAAAGUAGAGUCUAGAGAUUUUGUGUUUGGACAGUUGGUUUGGUCUGACUCCGACGGGAAACAUAAAGUUAUGAGUCCUAUAGUUAUAAGGCGCAAGUAGAGGUAAGACAUAUUGAUGGGGGCUCGAAACUUUCAUGAUCUAUGUAAGGAUUUGAACUUUUAAUUUUCUUAAUAAAAGUGUUAGACUUGCCAAAUUUGCUAUGCUUCGUGGGUUUACAGCGUUAUUUGGCGUCAAAAACUUAUUGGAAGGCUGAGUCAGUUUCGAUAUUAAACUGCACGUAAUUUG